AGGCCAGAUGCGCGCUCGCGCUCUCCGGCCGCCGCCCGCGCUCCCGCCCUGCCUGUGCGCCGCCCGAGCAUGGAGCUGCUGUGCUGCGAGGGCACCCGGCACGCGCCCCGGGCCAGCCUGGACCCGCGGCUGCUGGGGGACCAGCGCGUCCUGCAGAGCCUGCUGCGUCUGGAAGAGCGCUAUGUGCCCCGCAUCUCUUACUUCCAGUGCGUGCAGAGGGAGAUCAAGCCGCACAUGCGGAAGAUGCUGGCGUACUGGAUGCUGGAGGUGUGUGAGGAGCAGCGCUGUGAGGAGGAAGUCUUUCCCCUGGCCAUGAACUACUUGGAUCGCUACCUGUCCUGCGUCCCCACCCGAAAGGCGCAGUUGCAGCUCCUGGGUGCGGUCUGCAUGCUGCUGGCCUCCAAGCUGCGCGAGACCACGCCCCUGACCAUCGAAAAACUGUGCAUCUACACCGACCACGCUGUCUCUCCUGGCCAGCUGCGGGAAUGGGAGGUGCUGGUCCUGGGGAAGCUCAAGUGGGACCUGGCUGCUGUGAUUGCACAUGAUUUCCUGGCUCUGAUUCUGCACCGACUCUCUCUGCCCCGUGACCGACAGGCUUUGGUCAAAAAGCACGCCCAGACCUUUUUGGCCCUGUGUGCUACAGAUUACACCUUUGCCAUGUACCCGCCGUCCAUGAUUGCAACAGGCAGCAUUGGGGCUGCAGUGCAAGGCCUGGGUGCCUGGCCCACAUCCGGGGAUGAGCUCACGGAGCUGCUGGCAGGAAUCACCGGCACUGAAGUGGACUGCCUGCGGGCCUGCCAGGAGCAGAUUGAAGCUGCGCUCAGGGAGAGCCUCAGGGAAGCCGCCCAGCCCAGCCCCAGCCCAGCGCCCAAGGCCCCUCGAGGCUCCAGCAGCCAGGGGCCCAGCCAGACCAGCACUCCCACAGAUGUCACAGCCAUCCACCUGUAGCCCUGAAGACGUCCCCUUGAGUGGCCACAAAGCAGAGGAGCCACUGCCAUCCCCCUCCCUGCUUCCAGGAACAAACCAUACCGCAUCUGAAACCUGAGGAGGCUCCUACUUCCCCCUUACAAAGCCCAAGGGGUCAGCUACCUAUCCCUACAGUGUGCACUAAGGGGCCUGCCAGCCAUGUUUGUCUUAGGGCAUUUGGGUGGCUAGUCAAGCCCCUCUUCUUUCCAGCAUCUGACCAGCCCAGCUCCUUCCCUGGCUGUAGCUGGGAGUGGGCCAGGCUGGUCAGACAAAAUUGGGACAGGUAAAAAUACAUGCACCAACAUUCCUUUUGAAGGCCCCUGCCCCCCCAGGGCUCUCAUGUUCUCUACUGCCAAAAUGCCCCAGUGCCUUCUAAAGGGGUUACCCCUUCUAGGGUUAUUGCAUUUGGAUCGGGGUCCUUCUGAAGAUGAAAUUUUAGGCAUGAUUGUUUGAUAGAUGUGUGAGGGGAAAGUCUAGAUGGCUCCUCUCAGCACACUUUGGAGGCCCCUGUAUGAUCCAUGCUCACAGCUGCUCUUAGAGGGGCCUAGGCCUCAGCCAGAGGGACACGAACGUAAGAAUUCUUUACUUUCUGCUCAGCUUCUCCUUUGUGAUUGGCAGAGUGCUGAAAGAAAAGUUCAUUUUUAAUUUAUUAAUUGUUGUGCGUACAACCGUAAGAGAGUGGAGUGGGGCCUAUCCCACAAUGGUGGUAACCCUGGUGGUUGCUGUUUCUCUCCCCUCUGCUACCAGAUAAGGGAUCUUUGUGGCUGAGGAGCUGCUACAGCCUGGGGUGGGGCCAUACCCUCCUCUCCCUUUGACCCUCUGCCUCAUCCUCAGGGGAGGAUGAAGCACGGAUGCUCUGGAGGUGGCCAAGCCCCUGUCUGGAGAGGGAGGCAAGCCCUGUUGACACAGGUCUUUCCUAAGGCCACAAGGUUUAGGCUGGUGGCCCAGGACCAUCACGCUACCUUAAUAAAAAUUCUAGAGUAAAACUGGC